AUGUGCAUCUUCUACAAACAGUCGGCCCCGCCCGAUCGAUUGACGCUAGAAGAUCUGGUCGCCCAAUUACGGCGUACAUUCAGUGAAGAUGAAGUCGAUGUGCAGCAAGUUAUGAAGAUGCUCGAAAGCUACAAAUCCCUGCAAAGCGACUGGGCCCAAUACGCUAAAUGGGAUCCCAACAAAUACACGCGAAAUCUGGUUGAUGAGGGCAACGGCAAAUACAAUCUGAUGGUGCUGUGCUGGCCGUGCGAGACCAAGAGCCCAAUCCACGACCACACGGGUUCCCAUUGCUUUGUGAAAGUGCUGGAUGGAGAAUUGACGGAAACGCGGUAUAAAUGGCCGGAGAACGAGGGUGCACCCCCCUUUGAAACCGAAGUAUUCCACGAGACCAUCGACAAUGUCUGCUAUAUGAAUGACAAACUCGGCUUGCACAGGAUGGCGAAUCCCUCAGAUGUGAAAGGCGCCGUCACCCUUCAUCUCUACAUUCCCCCCUACGGCACUUGCAACAACUUCGACGAGAAAACCGGAAACCGUCGAAAAUGCCAAGUGACGUUCUUCUCGAAAUACGGCGAUCUGGUCAGCUACCGCUCGAAUCGGGACGGACCGCCGAGUUGUGGUGGC